CCCGAGGGCAAGUACCCGCUGCACUACCUCGUGUGGCACAACCGCCACCGCGAGCUGGAGAAAGAGGUCCGCGCCGGCCAGCCGCCGCUUUUGUGCUGUUGACCCGGAGAGGGUGAUGGGAGCGGCCCCCGCCCGCUUCCCUCCGGCCCGGACUGGCGGCCCACACGUGCUCCGGACCCUCCCAGAUUGGGGCUGCCACAGAAACCAGGGACCAGGUUCACCCCAUCCCCACCCACUCAUCCCCUCACCCUGGUGGACAUCGAGCAGCUGGAUCCCCGUGGGCGGACUCCCCUGCACUUGGCCACCACCCUGGGGCACCUUGAGUGUGCCCGCGUGCUCCUGGCACACGGCGCGGAUGUGGGCAGGGAGAAUCGCAGCGGCUGGACAGGUGGGCACCUCUACUCACCCCUACCCCACAGCCUGGGUCUCCCGGCAUCAUAUCCUCACCUCUGAUUGGCUGAAGGGAGCCCUAGGCAGGGUCCUGCCCUGUGACAUUGCCUCUUGCCCACACCCCGCCCCCAGUGCUUCAGGAAGCUGUGAGUACCCGGGACCUGGAGCUGGUGCAGCUGGUGCUGCGGUACCGGGACUACCAGCGGGUGGUGAAGCGGUUGGCAGGCAUCCCUGUGCUCCUGGAGAAGCUGCGCAAGGCCCAGGACUUCUACGUGGAGAUGAAAUGGGAGUUCACUAGCUGGGUGCCCCUGGUGUCCAAGAUCUGCCCCAGUGACACCUACAAAGUGUGGAAGAGUGGGCAGAACCUUCGGGUAGACACCACACUUCUGGGCUUUGACCACAUGACGUGGCAGCGAGGGAACCGCAGCUUUGUCUUCAGGGGCCAAGACACGAGCGCCGUGGUCAUGGAGAUUGACCACGACCGCCGGGUGGUGUACACAGAGACCCUGGCUCUGGCCGGGCAGGACCGUGAGCUACUGCUGGCUGCUGCCCAGCCCACCGAGGAGCAGGUGCUGAGCCGGCUCACCGCACCCGUCGUCACCACGCAGCUCGACACCAAGAACAUCUCCUUUGAGAGGAACAAGACCGGCAUCCUGGGCUGGCGCAGCGAGAAGACCGAGAUGGUGAAUGGGUAUGAAGCCAAGGUAUAUGGGGCAUCCAAUGUGGAGCUCAUCACCCGGACACGGACAGAGCAUCUUUCAGAACAGCACAAGGGCAAGGUCAAAGGCUGUAAGACACCUCUGCAGUCCUUCCUGGGAAUUGCUGAGCAGCAUGGGGGCCCCCAAAAUGGGACCCUGAUCACUCAGACUCUGAGCCAAGCCAACCCCACUGCCAUCACCGCAGAAGAGUACUUCAAUCCCAACUUUGAGCUUGGCAACCGUGACAUGGGCCGACCCAUGGAACUGACCACCAAGACACAGAAGUUCAAGGCCAAGCUGUGGCUGUGUGAGGAGCAUCCCCUGUCCCUGUGUGAGCAGGUGGCCCCCAUCAUUGACCUCAUGGCCGUCAGCAAUGCACUUUUCGCCAAGCUCCGGGAUUUCAUUACCCUGCGCCUGCCUCCGGGAUUCCCUGUCAAGAUUGAAAUCCCGAUUUUCCACAUCCUCAACGCCCGCAUCACCUUCGGGAACCUCAAUGGCUGCGAUGAGCCGGUGCCGUUGGUGCGAGGCAGCCCCAGCAGCGAGACCCCUUCCCCAGGCAGUGACUCCUCCAGUGUCAGCAGCUCCAGUUCCACGAGUGAGACCCUGUCCCGCCCUGAGCCCGCCCUCACUUCCCCUCCCCACCGAGCACUUCCCCGGGAGUGGCCGGGAGGGGAGGUCUGGUCCACUCUGACCCACAGCCCGGCGCCCCCAGCCUCGUGCCGCGGCUGCGAGAUCUCCCCCGCGUUGUUCGAGGCCCCACGCGGCUACAGCGUGCUGGGCGGCCAGCGAGAGGCCGCCACCCGCGACGACGAUGACGACCUGCUGCAGUUCGCCAUCCAGCAGAGCCUGCUUGAGGCGGGCAGUGAGUAUGACCAGGUGCGUCCCCGCGGCCGCACGGGGCCACUGGACUGCGGUGCCGCCACAGCUAACUGGCUCACCCCCGCCUCCACCCAGGUCACCAUCUGGGAGGCACUAACCAACAGCAAACCGGGCACUCACCCCAUGUCCUACGAGGGUCGCCGACAGGACAGGUCAGUGCCCGCCCGUCCUGAGAGGGUUUGGAGACGCCUAUUCCCCCACCUCCCAUACACGUGCACAGAGAACACCAGGGCCCUGUCACGGUGCGUAUGGACACUGCCGCAUGAGCACCCCUCUUGGCCCAGAGGAACCGUGGUACCGUCAUCAGGGACCCUACUGGUUUCAAGAUGGCGUCUUCCACCACCACCCGUUCCUGACUCAGGGGUGGGUGAGCAGUACUCCAAACGCGGCCUUAGAGCCUUCACAGACCCUCGCCAGACAGAAUGUCAGGGCUGGGGUUCUAGAAGACUGGGAGGAUGGGCUGCGUAGGAGCUGGGAUCAGCUCCUACCGGGUGGGAGGGAGCCAGGGAGGUGACGCGGGACUCAUCGCCUCCACUGGAGGGUGUUGAGGCCUGCCUUGUCCCGGGGCCUCCACACCGUCUUCCGCCCUGCAUACGGGCAGAUGCGCCCGGAGCCCUCGACGUAUCUUACCUGCCUCCAGGAGCGCUCCGCCCACGCCGCAGCGCCAGUCCACAACCCCCGCGGGCCUGGCGUCGGUCCCCAGCCCUCGGCCCAGCCCGCGCCCAGGCCAAGGCGGCCACGUGUUCCGGAGCUACGAUGAGCAGCUGCGACUGGC